AUGUCAACCUUCCUCACUGCUUCACCAUGGAGGAAGCUCGAGCGCAUCUCUCCUCUUCCGACUAAACCGUUCCAGAACGGCUCUCUCGUCUCCCGUCCUUACUCGUCGUUAACUCCGCUCAGUUUGAAUCGUUUCCGUCAGCUACCCAAGGUCAAUUCCAUUUCGAGGAUACAACAAAGGUUUCUAUUUGGAGGACCGUCCCACAAUCUAUUGGCGCAAAAGGAAAAGACCGCGAACAACAAUCCGAACAGUGCAAAUGCGCAGGCUACUUUCUACCAGGCUUUGCUUCAGGCUAACAUGCCGGCUAUCAUCGUCGAACGCUAUCGCAGUGGUAACUUUGCCACCAACCCCGUGACCGACUCGAUUUUCCUCAAGGCUACGCAGAGCAUGGGCGGAGACGUUGCGGCAGGGUCAUUCGCAGGCCAGAAUCAGAAUGUCAACCCGGAACAGCUUCAGGCAAUCGGACAAGCAGUCGCGGCACGGAACAGUCACGGUGGACAAAUUGGACUCGCGGCCAAACAAGGCGGCACCGGAGCGAAAGAAUCUCCGUUGUACGUUGUGGUCGAGGAGUCGCUGGGAAGUGCUGUUUUCCGCUGGAUCAAGUUUUUGUUCUGGUUCGGUUUUCUCACGUACAUGUCUCUCAUCUUGGUCGCCAUUCUGGUUGAAACUACUGGGGUUCUGAAGAACAUCAAGGGUCCGCAGAACAACGAAGCACAGCCUCAGGAGCAGAAUGUCCGGUUUAGUGAUGUGCAUGGAUGUGACGAAGCCAAGGAUGAUCUUCAGGAACUGGUUGAAUUUUUGCAGAACCCGGAACGAUUCUCUUCGCUUGGUGGUAAGCUGCCUAAGGGUGUUCUUCUCGUUGGACCUCCUGGAACCGGAAAGACUUUGCUUGCUCGUGCUGUCGCUGGUGAAGCUGGCGUCCCAUUUUUCUACAUGUCUGGAUCUGAAUUUGACGAAGUGUACGUGGGUGUUGGUGCUAAGCGUGUGCGAGAACUCUUCUCUCAGGCGCGGACCAAGUCACCUGCUAUCAUCUUCAUUGACGAACUGGAUGCCAUUGGUGCCAAGAGAAACGAACGGGAUGCGGCAUACGUGAAACAGACUCUGAACCAACUGCUUACCGAGCUCGACGGGUUUUCGCAAACUGAAGGCGUGAUCAUCAUUGGUGCGACCAACUAUCCUCAGCUACUGGACAAGGCCUUGACUCGACCUGGUCGGUUCGACCGCAAGGUCGUCGUGGAUCUUCCGGAUGUGCGCGGGCGGAUUGAUAUUCUGAGACACCACAUGAAGGACGUACAAAUUGGCACGGAUGUCGACCUGGCAGUUCUCGCUCGCGGUACUCCCGGUUUCUCUGGUGCGGAACUGGAGAACUUGGUCAACCAGGCUGCUAUCAAGGCCAGCCGGGAUCACAAGAACAAGGUUGGGCCAAGGGACUUUGACUGGGCCAAGGACAAGAUCAUGAUGGGUGCGGAAGCUCGCAGCCGGGUUGUUCAGGACAAGGACAAGCUCUCGACGGCAUACCACGAGGCCGGCCAUGCGCUUGUUGCGUACUUCACACAUUCGUCUAUGCCACUGUACAAGAUUACCAUUGUUCCCCGUGGCAUGGCUCUGGGUAUUACGCACUUCUUGCCGGAGAUGGACACGGUUUCUCGAAACUACACGGAAUACCUGACCGAUAUCGAUGUGUCGAUGGGUGGUAGAGCGGCAGAAGAGCUGAUCUAUGGAGCCGACAAGGUGACCAGCGGAAUCUCAUCAGACAUCCAAAAUGCCACCAACACGGCCUUCAACCUCGUAACCCGCUUCGGCUACUCUAAGAAACUCGGCAACGUUGACCUCUCUAGCAACUACGACCGCCUCUCCUCGGAAACAAAGCAAGAAAUCGAAGGCGAAGUCCGCCGCCUCGUUGAAGAAGGCCGCGCCCGCGCCACAACCAUCCUCACCCAAAAGCGCCACGAACUCGAAGUCCUCACCAAAGCCCUCAUAGAAUACGAAACCCUCACCAAGGAGGAAAUGGAACGUGUCCUGAAGGGCGAGAAGCUAGAUAAACUCGAGUCCACGCCGUCGGCUCCACUUAUGUUGCCGGAGAGUUUACAGGCGGCCCCUGGGUUGUCAAAUACUCAUCAUCCUCCUGGGCCUGGGUCGACAACGGGUACGGGCGAGGCUGCUGAUGGGGCAUAG